AGUGCGAGUGAUCGAAUCCUACAUUAAUUCUAGGGGCAGCUAGUUUAAUAAUGUUUUAAUGGUUAUAGGCGCUCCACCAACUGUGGAAGUCACUAUGCAACCUAUCACGGCGCCAACUGACAGCAAAGAAGUAAUAAAGGCGCCAACUGACCACAAAGAAGCUCUACCGGCGUCAACUGGCAGCACACAAGCAGUGAAGACGCCAACAUACAGCAUACAAGCUAUGACGGCGCCAACUGACUACAAAGAAUCACACGCGGCGCCAACUGAUAGCAAAGAAUCACUAACGACGCCAACUGACAGCAUUCAAGCUGUGACGGCACCAUCUUACAGCAUACAAGCGUUGACGGUGCCAACUGACUACAAAGAAUCACACGCGGCGCCAACUGACAGCAAAGAAUCACUAACGGCGCCAACUGACGGCAUUCAAGUGGUGACGGCGCCAACUCAUAGCAUAAAAGUGCUGAAGGCGUCAAGUGACAGCAAAGAAACAGUAACGGCGCCGACUGACAGCAUACAAGUGGUGACGGCGCAAACUAUCAUAGCGUCCGACACUAGUCCAACGAAGAUUGAAAAUGAUGAAGAAAAGCCUAAGAAAGUGGAAUUAGACGAAAAAUCAAAUUUACCCGAAGAAGUAAAAGAAGGAUUGCCAAAACUUUACAAAGACGUAAAAAAAUUAACGAAGAAAGAGCUUAAAAAGGACGUCAGUAAAAAAACUGUAAAACCAAACAAUAUAAUAAAGAAAAAAGAAGAAAUUGGGAAACUAAAUAAUAGAAUAAAGAAAAAAGAAAAAGCAACUAACAGUGAAGUGACUAUAAAAAAGAGAAAACUCACUAAAAACAUGAAACCAAAUAGAAAAAAUGAAACAAAAUUGGCCAUUAGUAAUAAUUUAAUCGAAAACGAGGUAUAUUAUGAAGUCCCAUUAUUUAAAUCGGAUGACCCGUUAGACACAAAUUAUAAAGAUAAUACACCAAAUACAGAUAGAUUAGACAGUUCAGACACGAAUAUGGACACGGAAGAUAUAGAACAAAAUGAUGAAAAUGAAACGAAAAAAAUUACAGCAACAGAAAAAACAUUUCCAUGUGAUACUUGUAAAAAAGUCUUCCCAAGUAAUGCGAGGUUGAAACGCCAUAGACGUGUGCACACGGGCGAGAAACCAUUCUCAUGCGAACAUUGCUCGAAAACAUUCGCAGACAAAUGUAACCUAAGUCGACAUUCCCGAAUCCAUUCCGGAGAAAAGCCAUUCGAGUGCGGUCUCUGCGGAAAAUGUUUCUCGAUUAAAACUCACUUGAGCGUUCACUUACUCACGCACAAUAAUUCUAGUAAAAUACGAAUUAAAAACACUUUGUCGUGCGAUGCUUGUGGAAAAAUAUACACGCACAAAAUGAAUUUAGCACGGCACAUAUCAAUAAAGCAUGGCAAUGUGGCGCAAGAAAAGGACGAUUCGAAAUCAUUUCCAUGCGAUUUGUGCCAGUUCAAAUGUAACGAUAAGCACUAUUUGGUUAAGCAUAUGAAAAUGCACGUUGAAGAUAAACCGUUCACGUGUACUUUCUGUGGGAAGGGUUUCACGAAAAAUCAACUUUUGAAAGACCAUGUUCGAACUCACACGGGUGAAAAACCGUAUCUGUGCAAUAAGUGUGGCAUGAAAUUUAUACAGAAAAGCAAUUUGAAGCGACAUCUUAAUUGUUGCAGCAAAAAGAAUGUAACUGAGAAACGGUUUCCGUGCAAUUGUUGUGGUAGAUUGUUUGGACAUAGAAGCAAUUUGAAACGCCAUCUACAAAGCUGCAAAAUGAAUGUCGCUAAAGAUUCUUUGGCAAAGCUUGUUGGUAGGAAAGUGAAGCGUCGUGUUUAGCGGUUUUGUUUUAUUUUCUAAAUAUUGUGCUUACCCGACUAUUAAAUCCUACUAAUAUUAUAAAUGCGAAAGUUUGGAUGUCUGGAUGUUUGUUACUCUUUCACGCAAAAACUACUGAAUGCAUUUUGAUGAAACCGUAAUUGAAACAGUAACCUGAAAAAAUACUAAUAAUUUAAAUUUCUGCAAAUCCUUUAUGGAAAACUGUAACAUAAUGUAUUGUAAAUAAUAUUGUAUAGAUUUGAAAUAAAUUAAUUAUUGUGCCAUU